UCUGGAUAGAGGUAAGUCGUAUUUUUUACAUAAUGACCAGUGGAUUAAUUUAGCAACUCGGUCGUGUCUUGCUUUGUACUCAGUGUGUGAGAUUUUGCUGGAUUCACAUAUUAAAUGAGAAACAGUUUCGACUUCGUUAUUGCAAAGUUGGCAGUUUGGGUUGUCAGUGGAUUUUUGUAUCUUUGAAUUAUUGUUGUUGUUAUUGUUGUUGUUAUUCCCGGUGUUUCCUUUCCCAUAGGCUGUCAUUCUCACAGAGUCUUAGCAUUUUUCUGUGUCCCACAUCUCUUGGAAAGAAGCCUGGGCAGAAUUGGGUUCCUCUCUCCAUAGACGUCUCUCGCCAGGACGGAAGUGUUGGCGGAUUAACCCUGUGGGCACCCAAGUCUCCCACCCAGCUCUCCUCCUCCUCCUCCUCCUCCUCCUCCUCCUCACCCCGUCCCUCUGAUUAAAUCAUCUUGAGAUAAUUCUGCCUGUCAUUGAAGCAGAUUAACUGGUGACCUUCUCCUUGCAAGGCUGAAUUGAAAGGCGGUUUUCGGGCUCCCUUCCUCACUCCUGCGAAUGUUGAAGGCUCCGAAUGGGGGAGAGAGAGAUGGCUUACCCUCCCAGGAUGCGUGGGAACCUUUCAGGGAGAGGGACGCGGCUUAACCUGAAGCUCUGCUCUUGAGCCCAUCUGGAGGGCUCAGGAGCCCCCAGGAAAGACCAUCACGACAGAUUCUGCGUAACAAGAAGGCCUCCCAGUAACUUUGGAGCUCCUCGACCUGUCCCUCUGGUCCCAUCCUGCAGCAAACAUGAGACUCCCUCCUUGGCGGAAACACGAUGUUUGGGAUUAGACCAUUUGAGGGUCUGAAGUAGCCAUGGUGCUUCCUAAUUGCAGGAGCAAUACAGAAUUGCAACUCGACAAUAACCCCUACAUUUACAACGAUGUCGAAGGUGAGCCGCUGAAGUAUGACGACUCCAGGAUCCGCAGGAAUUCCAUCCCUCCCGCUAAGAUCCCCACCGCGAAGUACAUGUUGGCUUAUCUUCCACGGCCCCCCACGGAAACGGACAGCCAUGGGAUCUCUUCCCCGAAGCCUGAAAUAAUGACACCGUUAGACAAGAGACCCCCGCCAGCCACAGCCAUGAGCGCAAACCGAAGCGCCGUCUCCUGCAACUACCACCCCAUCCCUUGCAGUUCCCACGUCCCCAACGUCAGGUCGGUCCUCCUGCAGAAGAGACUCAGCCUGGUGGAACAAGCCAGCUUCAGUGCGGUUGGGCCUCCCAAGCACCAGCCUCCUUCCUCCAACAGCACAGACAAAUUGCCUAAAUACUGCUGGCCCUCCAGGACCGACCCCCUGCCCCCUUCCCUCCUGCGGGAGUUCAACGCUCAGCUGUACCCCCCGCACGCGUUCAGCGUGCCCAACAUCAUCCACUCCUCUCGGAGCAAAACCCUCACCCGCAGCGUCAUCUCCAUGUCCGCCUCGGAGAAAGGGCAGAGCAAGCUCUGCAAACUCAUCGAAGACGACCGGCAGUUCGUCGGGAGGAACAACAAUGACCAGAGGCAACGCUACGUCACCAAAGUCGGGAAGUGUAAAGUCAACCUCGGCAACAUCCAGGAGAAGAAGAGGUUCCUCUCGGACAUUUUCACCACCAUCGUGGACCUCAAGUAUCGCUGGUUCCUCUUCAUGUUCAGCAUGUGCUACAUCGUCACCUGGGUGGUCUUCGGCGUCAUGUAUUACAUGGACGCCUGGAUACGGGACGACAUCAACCACAUCGGGGACCUCGAGUGGAAGUCCUGCAUUGAGAACAUCGACAACUUCAUCUCCGCCUUGCUCUUCUCGGUGGAAAGUCAACGGACCAUCGGCUACGGCUCCCGCAUCGUGACCGCCAACUGCUCCGAGGGGGUCCUCUUGCUGAUGGCCCAGUCCAUCAUCGGCUCCAUGAUCGACGCCCUCAUGGUGGGCUGCAUGUUUGUCAAGAUCUCCAGGCCCAAGAAGCGCGCCCAGACCUUGAUCUUCAGCAAGAAGUGCGUGAUCUCCAGCCGGGAUGGGAAGCUUUGCCUCAUGUUCCGCAUCGGAGACCUUCGGGACAGCCACAUGGUGGACGCAAAGAUAAGGGCCAAGCUCAUAAAAUCCAGGCAAACCAAGGAAGGGGAGUUCAUCCCGCUCGACCAAUCCGAACUGAACCUGGGCUACGGCACGGGGGAGGACCGUCUCUUCCUGGUGGAGCCCCAGAUCAUCUGCCACAUCAUCAACGACGUCAGCCCGUUCUGGGAGAUGUCUGCAGAGGCGCUGAAGAGGGAGCAGUUUGAGAUCAUCAUCAUCCUGGAAGGCAUCGUGGAAGCCACAGGAAUGACCUGUCAAGCCAGGACGUCGUACAUCGAGAACGAAAUCCUCUGGGGCCACCGUUUUGAGCCCUGCAUGACGCUGGAGAAAGGUGCCUUCCACGUAGACUACGCCAAAUUCGAGAGGACCUUUGAGGUGCAGACACCGCGGCUGAGCGCGCGCGAGAUCUUCGACCUGAAGGAGAUGGAGAACCAGGAGCAAUCGACGCUGAACUUCUACUGGGACCACCUGGCCCAGCCUUGCUGUUCUGUGGAGCCCAACCACGAGGCCCAACGAGGGGGCUGCCCCAACGAGGAGAGCCUCUCCAACUUCACGGAGCAGAGGAACAAUGAGUACCGCAACCAGAGUACCAGACUCUGAGCGUUUCCAACCAGCUCUCGGAGGAGUCUGUGAAACCACACGGGGGAGGAAAAGAAAGAGCUGCGCGCAUCGCGGCCUUGUAGCGCGGCUGUGUUUGCAAUCCAUGGCGGAAUCAAAUGGGAAAGCAGAGCAUGGCCUUUUCUUGAGGGGGGGGGCGCCAUUCGGGAUCCGGAUGCAAAACUCGCGACUAAACCGGUCGUGACUUUGGAUUAACUCUCCCAUCACCGCCCUCUUCCUGCUCGGAGUUGGAGCCACGCCGGAGUCCACGUUGCACUCCCAAGGGAUUGACUAGGAAUUCUGGUUUCUGCAAGCAGAGUUUGCACGUGUGGAACUUGUUGCACUUUAAAAAAAAAAAAAGGUUGAAUUACUUUUGCCCAAUGUUGUGGAGCUGGUCCACGGUUUAUUUGAAAGGUCUUUCUUUGUUUUGCCACCGGGGAAAACAGGGCUUAACUGGCCCCUGUGUUUUGCAGCCCACUCGGUCCUCCUCCUCCUCUUUGCUGGGCCCCACACAUGGCACGUACCUGGCGCUGCAGCAUGGCAAGCCACUGGCCUGGCCGCAGGAAUGAAUGUCUUUCAUCUUUUAUGGUGCCAUAGGGACUCUCACGGUGGGUGUUGCCCCCAACCCCUUUCUCCACCGGCUCACCUGGGCCUCUGCUACCUUUGUCUUGUUUAUUUAUUUAUUGCCGAACUGAUGCCUUUAGUUCCCGAACUCUCCUCCUGUCCUUGUUUGCAGGGUCCGUGUGAUUGUUCUAAGCGAGCUUUGCUUUUGUCCACAAGGCUAUCUGGAAUGGGAGAGGACCCCCUCCAAACCCCCCCACCCCCCGGGAAGCAAUAAAGUUCCU